AUUUAGUUUACUGACAAUAAUAUCCGGUCACAGAAGGAAAAAAAUCGGGAACGUGAGUUGGUACUUCUAGAUGGAUCUACAAAGGUUGUGAGACUAGAGGGUUGUGAAGUGUCAGAAAUGCUGUGAUUCACGAGGAUCUGUUAACAAGGCUGUUGUCUGAAGGUUGUAACAUUUCAUUGGCUGAAGCUGAUCACCUGUCACCACCAUGAAUUACGAUAACACAGAUGCUGACAAGAGUUUCCAAGGCGAUGACGACCAUGAGAAGAAGAGUCGUCGAACAGAUCUCCUCUUGGGGAAGAAACGGGAGAGCAAGAAAGGUCAAGGUCGCUAUGUAAUGUUUGAUGAAGAAGACUCGGAUGAAUCAUCUAUAGUAUCGGAGGAUAUAAAAAGUCCAUCUAAAAUGAAGAAAAGUAAAGCAUUCAGAUUUUCUGCAAAGAAGAAAGAAAAGGAUGAAAAGAAAGAAAAGGAACCCAAAAAGGAUGAAAGAGACAAAGAAAAAAAGAAGGAAGACAAAGAAGGAAAAAAACUGAAGCUGAAGACAAAAAAGAAGUCCAAACAUUUACAUGUACACGAGGAACCAACACACGAAGCUGCCAUGGAAGUGGAGAAGCCCAUAUUUGGUGUGCCGUUGGCGGUUGCCGUGGAGAGGAAUCGUAGCCAUGACGGUAUAGAGUUGCCGGCACUGUUCAGGGACUGUGUUGACUACAUAGAGGAGCACGGCCUCCUGUGUGAGGGUAUCUACAGGAUAUCAGGGGUGAAGUCUAAGGUACAGAUGCUGAAGGACAGCUAUAACAGACAGAAUCCUGUCUACCUCGAGGAACACGAACCAAACAUUGUAGCCAGCUUAUUGAAGACUUUUCUGCGUGAACUCCCAGAGCCAGUUCUCACCACCAGUCUGAUGCCGAAGUUCGAGGAAGCUUCAGUUAUAAAGAAUGAGCGCCGUCGCCUGGAACAGUUCAGCAAGCUGGUGUCCGACCUCCCAACGUGUAAUAGGCUCCUGCUGUCCUGGGUCAUAGUCCACAUGAUGCAUGUCAUUGAGCGACAAAAGGAAAACAAGAUGACGCUACAGAACGUGUCCAUUGUACUCAGUCCCACCAUGCAGAUCAGUCAUCGUGUCCUCAACGUCCUCUUCUCUCUGGCCAAACAGCUCUUCAAGGAUAUACAGCUCAAGAGGUAUAAACCUCCCCUGCGUCCAACAACGUCAAAAUGGUCACUGGAGCUCCCCGACAACCCUGCUGGUCUGGAGGAGGAGUUGGCCAAACAGGAGUCACUCCUUAACGCCCUUCACCAAGAGGUCAGCGGGGUCAAGGACGCAGACAAAGAGGAACAACUCUGGGAGGUUCAGCGUGUUGUCACGGAGCUAAAGAGAAAAAUAAAGUUUGCCAAGAAAGCUGCUGAUUCUGAGAAGAGGCGUCGAGAGAAGGAAGAACUCCGGAGGUCACAUGCCGAAAAUGAUGACAUGGUUUUACGACUAGAACUGAGGGAGGCUCCUAUAAAGAAGCAGGCUCCACUUCCACCAAAUGGUGACAAAGCCAAUGAAAAUCCUCCAUCUACAGAGACAGCCAAUGAAAUGGCUCAUUUGCCAGAAGGAGAAAUUCAGAAAUGUCCUGCCCCUCCUACAGCAGAGAAAGAUGUCGAUGUAAGUGAGGCAAUUCAUGAAAAAGAGGGACCCGCUGUUGUGAGUGAAGUGGCUGCUAAUAUAGAGGAGAGUGGACCCCCUGAGGACCCAGCUACAAUACCUGAUGAUGAGGAGGAGGAGGAGGAAGGUGACGGAAGUGUAACGCCUGUGAAUGUUACUGAGGUACCACAAACAGACACAGUCGUCACUAUAACACAGGAGAGUGAUGUAAAGGGAGACAAUCUUCCUUCAGUUCCUGUCCAAACUGAAAAGUCUGAUAGUGAGGAUUCUUUUGAAAAACAAGUGGAAGAUAUUCUGGAACAAGAAGGCGGAGCCGGAGAUUCUAGUGACGAGGAAAUGGCAUCUUUGGAUGUCGAAGUUGAAAAGGUCAAAGAUGCAGAGCUCAAAGAUCAGGAUGUCACUGUCACUGUUGUGAAAGAUCAAAAUAAAAUAGAUCCAGGUGAUGAAGGCGAAAAGGACACAGACUCGGAUGCUGAUGAUAACGCAGAAAUCAAGGAUGAAGGCGUGAUAACUCCAACUUUGAAAGAAAAUGAAAGUGCAGACACAGCAGGUGAAGAAACAACAGGUGUGAUAACGAAGACAGGUGAGGAGGUUACAGGUGAGCUGACGAAGACAGAUGAACCAGCUGUGGUGACGAAGACUCAGGAAGAGAUUGAGAGAGAGGCUGCAGCUCUAGAGGAGGAAAUCAUGAACAGAUGUAAAGAAGAUGUCGCAGAAUUUGAACAGCCAAGGGAGGUAAUCCUCCUGGAGGAUGAAGUUAUGAGUGAAGAAGAUGAGGAGAUUCUGAUGCUACAGGACCAGGAGAACGCCCUGAGACUGGAGGAGGAGGAACUGGUGGCCAUAGAGAGUGAACUGAGAAAAAAGAUUGAGACAGAGCGGGAUGAGAUUGAGCGCCUUGACCAGGAGAUCACUGAACUACAGUACCUGAGACAUGACUCAGACCUCGAGGACAUGUCCUCCAGCUCCGACAGUAGCUACGAGAGUGAGGACGAGGAAGAUCUUCAGGAAAUCCUCAAUCAACUCCUCACAGAAAACGAGGAGCUCGAGAAGCAAAAUUCGAAAAUGUGUUCCCAAAUUCAUGAAGAGAGGAUGAUUUGUCUUGAGGUGAAAGUUCAGAUCGGGAUGAUACAACAGAAACAGUUGGAGAGUUCCAUGGGAAGUGAAUCGAUGUUAGAGAGAGAUCUGUUAUUGUUCUAGUAUACUUACUCUAUACAAACAAUUAUUUAUUUCUUUAAAUGUGGACCAGUUAUAUAUUUAAUUAAAUAAAAUUUAUCUAAGAUAGAUUGAAAAUGUUGAGGGCUAAGGAUUUGGAUUCUCAAACAGUUUCAGACCUUAGUCCAAAUUUCAGUUGCUAAAGAAAUAUACUCUUUUUUUUUUCUAAGAUAUCGCAGUAUCGGAUGUUUACGAGGUUUGCGCAUGUGCUGUGCCACUUUGUAAAGUUAUCAUUUGAACAAGGGAAAUACAAGACAUUUAAGAACUUUCUAAAAUUUAAAACAAUUUUCGUAUUUUCUCCAAAACCAUAUUAUGAAAACUUACUUCUCGUUAAGCUAAUUUUGCUGGACGUAAGUUAGACUUCAGUCUAGAUUCGUUCCAUGAUCCUGCUGUCUGUAAGAAAUUGUAUAAAUGUCCAUUAGUUAAAUAACACAUGGAAGUCAAAUUGGUUUCAUAAAUCUAUUAAGGCAAUGCAGUUAAAAAAUAGUUAUUCGGUGUAUUUAGAUUCAAAAUGUUAAUUAUUCUACAAAUAUCGGGAAGAUGAUUUCUUAAAAAAAAAACACCAAAAAAGUGUAAUCAAAUGAUGGCAUAUAACUCAUCAUACUUGAUCUAGUACUUUCAGGAUACAUUGAUCUGUUAGCUAUUAUCAUUAUUCUUGGCCAAGUAUUGAAAGCCUGGUCAACUUUCCAUAUAAAUAGCCAUAACUACUUCAUUUUAUACAGUAAAAUAAUACUUGCGUACAUAUUUCAUUGUAUUUUAAAUAAUUAAUUUCACAUUACCAUUAAAUCCCAUGAUCGACCUCUACCAUGUUUUCACAUGUAAAUGUAUUAUACUUUCAAGGCCAGUUCUGUCUGGUGUGCAGUUGUGCAAUACCUGUUAAUAAAAAGUCAAUUAGGGCAUAUUUGUUCUUUCAUAUUUACCAUUAUCAAGACUGACUAUUGUCACGUUUAAGCACUAGGCCAAAAAUAAUGUUCUUCAGGGUUUCCUAUCCUGGAAUUCCUCGCCCUAGAUGCUGAUCCUUACCUUUUUAUUGGUUUCUGGAAGGAUAACAGUAUUCAUGAUUAUAUACAUGUAGUGUUCAUGUUUUUAUCAUCAAAUUGAUAUAUCUUUUCCAACAUUUGCCAUAAUUGAUAUUAAAAAGUUAUUUGUUUUUAAGCAACUGUUAUCAUUAUGGUAAAAAAACCAAUGUCAGAUAUGAUUGAAAAAUAUAUAUAUAAAGAGACCUUGGGCCACUGGUAUAAAACAUCACAACACUUGAGAUUUCCUCAAGUCUAAGAUUUCCCAUAGACAAUGCAUUGCUUGAAAUUUUCCUUAACUUUGAGAUGUUUUAUACAAGUGGGCCCUUACCGGCCAUACUUUUCUUUUAGGUAUAUCCCUAAAGAUACAUAUUGUUGGGCUAUAAGGACUUACAGUGUCAAAGUUUAUAGAUAAUGUUCUUAUCCGCAAAUGUUUUCAUAUGUUAAAUAGUUAUUUAAAGUAGAA